AUGGAAGAGGAGAAGAGAAUCAAGGCGCAGUGGGGUCCGGUGUGGAAGCGGACGGCAGGGGCGACGGCGGUGGGCAUGGUGGUGGGCGCGGCAGUAGCACGACGUCGGCUGCGACUCGCCCUCGAGGCAGGCCCUGCACAGGAGAUUGCAGCCUCUACGCUGCUCGCUGCCGCGGCCUCCAAACCGCCCUCCACGAUCAUCUUCACCUCGGCUCUCGCUGGUGGUCUCACCGCCGGCACCACCACUGGCCUGUUCCUCGUGUCCAGGGAGCUUCUACGUGUUGAUAUGCAAUGGGAGGGCAUGGUGCCGAGCCUCUACGCGGGCAUGGCCACCGGCGCCCUGCUGGGUGCCGCCACAGGUGGUCCCUACCCCGCACUGCUGGGCAUGUCCACCUUGGGCGGCCUGGCCGCCGUGGGCGAGGGUGGCGUGGCCCUCUGGAACCGAUGGUACAACAAGAAGAGGCAGCAGAUCUUUCAGCAGCGACUCAUCGAAAAGCGGCAGACAUUGCUGCGACAAAGAGCCCAAGCCGCACAGAGCGAGCUGGAGCAUAUCGACCAGCAGCUGGAAACCAUCGCCUACCACUUGAACGCUCAAAAGGAGAAAGAAGAGGCUGCGCAUGAGAGUGUCAUGUCGUGGAUGUCGCUGAAGGUGCCCAGCUGGUUCCCUAUCCAGCCCGUCACGGAGGAGACGCAGAAGAAGAAGCAGGAAGCGGAGGCCCUGGAAAAAGAACUGAUGGACCGAUACUACGCGCAGCGAGAGUUGGAGUAUCAGCAGCAAUUGCAGCGCCAGAGGGAUACGAAGGAGGUCAGCAACGCCCAAUGA